AUGGAUUUAGAUGAUGAUUUUAUAGGAAAAACUGUCAUAUUAGGAAACAAAACAUAUGAACUUGAUAAACUUAGUCGAGAAGAACGUUUUCGAGUUCAACAUGAAGCUAUACAUGAAAAACAUAAAGGACAUGAAGCUAUGCAUAUGGAAAUGAUACUUAUUCUACUUGUUUCACUUGUUAUAUCUCAGUUAUUAUUAUUAGUAUGGCAAAAAUAUCAUAUUCGUUCUUAUCAAUCUUUUACUCUUCUUGGAAUGUGGUUGAUUCCAUUAGGAUUAUCAAUUCGUUUCUUUUACAUUCGUUUUAUUAUUAUUUGGAUAUUUUUUACAAUUAUUACUGGUUAUGUGACAUGUCGAGCAACACGACAACCGAUUGAACCCAAUACACCAAGAUUAGUUUAUAAAUGGUUUCUUCUUGUCUAUAAAGUUUCCUAUGGUCUUGCAAUUGGUGGUUAUUGUCUUUUAAUGAUGACUUUUCUUGGGAUCAAUGUUCUUCUAUUAAUAUCUCCACAGACUUCUCUUGAUAUUGGAAUAUUAACUAUGUUUUAUGGAAUUUAUUAUGGUGUAUUGGGAAGAGAUAUGGCUGAAUCAUGUACUGAUCGAAUGGCAUCAAAAAUUGGAUAUUAUUCAGAAACAGGUUUACCUAAGCGAUCAUUGGAAUCGAAUACAUGUGCCGUUUGUGCCAAUCCAAUAUUGGUGCAAAAUAAUGAACAAGCCUUAAUAGAGGAAACAUACAAAUUACAAUGUGGACACACAUUUCAUGAAUUUUGUAUACGUGGUUGGUGUAUUGUUGGGAAAAAGCAAACAUGUCCUUAUUGUAAAGAAAAAGUUGAUUUAAAAAGACUAUUUCCUAAUCCAUGGGAGAAACCUCAUGUACUCUAUGGAAAUCUACUUGAUUGGAUUCGGUAUUUAGUCGCUUGGCAACCAUUAAUUCUAUUAAUUGUACAAGGUGUUAAUUAUGUACUUGGUCUUGAAUAG